AUGAGCACCUUCUCCACAGUUGUUUAGAAAUUAAAAUGAAGGACAGUUCUUUGUCUAACCGAGAUACCAACAAGCUAGAGGCCAUUGCUCAGGAGAUAUAUGUAGACCUAAUAGAGGAUUCUUGUUUGGGCCUCUGCUUUGAGGUCCACCGGGCAGUCAAGUGUGACUACUUCUACCCAGAGUUUGAAGAAACUGGCAGCAUGAAGGAUUUUGGCACUCAGCCAGUAGAAGAUAAAGGAGCGUGCUGCCUCCAGCUUUGCUCCCUUCCUGGAGAAUCUGGGAAUGGGCCCGAUCAGCAGCUGCAACGCUCACCCAGAGAAUUCUAGUAGCUGCGCCAUGAGAGAGUCAGAGGGUGACCAGGACAAUAACAUAGACUGGUCCUGUGGUUUGGAGAAGUUAGGUAUCUAAGUAGAAAAAGAAAAAAAAAAAAAAUCGGACAAAAAUCCCAAUUUCCCAUUGAAGAUUCCAGCCUUUAAAAACCCAAAGUGGAGGGGUACCUGGGUGGCUUAGUCAGUUAAACAGCAGACUGAGAUCAUGAUCUCACGGUUCAUAAGGUCGAGCCCCGCAUGGGUCCCCACAUAGGCCCCUAUUGACAGU